AUGGUACAGUUCAUACUUAGGGUAAUAUUACUGCCGUUGUUGUCUCUCUCAGAACCUGUGAAAAAGUCGGUGUUAGAAGAAUAUGGAUUCCCACAGAGCGGCACUGAAGUGAGGCAGUAUGUUGGUCACUCUUUAUCCUAUGAUCAAGAAAAGAAGACUCCCCGAUGGGUGAUUGAACAUCUUACAAAGGAGAAAACACUUGGCAAUGAAGACCGGAAACACUAUAAUUUUAAACCAGAUCCAAACAUUCCAGCAAUAUUUAGUGCCACUAAUGAGGAUUAUUUAAAAAGUGGAUGGUCCAGAGGUCAUAUGGCACCAGCUGGAGAUGCCAAAUAUUCUCCGGAAGCAAUGGCUGAAACAUUCUAUCUUUCCAACAUUGUGCCUCAAAACUAUGAAAAUAACGCUGGCUUCUGGAACCGGAUUGAAAUGUAUUGUCGAGACCUAGCAGAGCGAUUUGACGAUGUUUGGGUGGUUAGUGGCCCCCUGACAUUGCCGGUGCAGCAUGAAGAUGGCCAAAAGAGUGUCACUUAUCAGGUGAUUGGAAAAGAUGAUGUAGCGGUGCCAACACACUUAUUCAAAGUGAUCCUUGCACGGAAGAACCAAUCUGCAGAGACAUUGGCUGAAGGAGCUUUCAUUGUCCCCAACAUUCCAAUCAGUUUUGAUCACCAGUUGCCUGAAUACCAAGUGGAGCAUGAGGAUCUGGAGAAAAAGUCUGGCUUAGUUUUUUUUUUUCCCCAAGUAGACAGAUCUAAAGGCGUCAAGAACCUCUGUGAGGUGGACACAUGCAGACUUAUCCAGUUGGAUGAGUUCAAGUUGUACAUAGCAGCUAGAAGGAUGAAGAAUGCACAAAACUUGCAGAAGGUCGAGAAGAUUUUAAGGGAACUGGAUGAGGCUAAAAUACAGCCGGACAAAUAUAUCUUAGAGCUUUAUGAACAAAAAAAGAAAGACUUUUCAUGCAGUGAACCAUCUGUUCUACGUGAAGAAAGGAGAGGAUAA